ACUUGAUAAAGUGAUGAUGGUGGUGGGUGAUAUAUCACGGUUAUGUCCUCCCACAAUCGAAAAUUGGUCUGACCUCCUUAUUUUCAUUUUAUAAUUCUUCUCAAAAUCGUCGUUACGGACAAACAAGCCAACACCACCACCACCAAGAAGUGGGAGAUCACGAGUGAUUUUCUUCGCAAACCUACCUCAAUCGACAACACCAUCAACGGUCAGAUCAAACAGAGAACAAAUCGCCCAAGAUGAUCCUGGUAGACAUCAUCUCCAUCAUCCUCCGCCUUGCGGAGCUUGCAUUCGCAACCAUUGUUGCCGCUCUUAACGGGCGCUUCCUGCACGCCGCUCGCGGCAACUCACCAUGGGAUCUCGGCCGACACAUUUACACUGAAGUGGUGGCGGGUUUGUCCAUUCUUUUCGCUAUCGUCUGGCUGUUUCCCUUCUCGAGCUCGUUCAUCCACUGGCCCAUGGACCUGGUCAUUUCUGUUAUGUGGUUUGUGAGCUUUGGGCUGUUGGUUAAUUGGUUGCAUGGGGUUUGCGGAUAUGUAUUUGAUUGGGAUAAUGUUGGCUUUAAUGGUGUGGGCUGUGGUGAGUGGAAGGCUACGGUUGCUUUUGCCUUUCUUAGCGCCAUUUGUUGGCUUGUUAGUGCUUUGGUUGGUCUCUACUGGGUUCAUCGCCGUACCCCCGCUCCUGUUGAUGCGGGGUAUCGUCGCCGUCGUUGGUACCGUUCUCGCUUCUAAAUUCAGGUACUCGCCAUUGAGUGUCGAAUGUCGGAAAUUCGCCUACGGACAAGUGACAGAUGGCUUGAUGACUUGCACAGAGGCGGAAUGUCGGCCUUGUUUUCCCCAGCUACUG